GAGAGCAGUCAUCUACGUAAAUUUUCCCUCUCGCACGUCGAAUCUAAAGGUUAUCAUUAAAACAGAUGUCCCCCGCGGAGCGGUUGCCGUGGAGAUCCUUUUACACCGGGGGAAAUAUUUGAUUAAAGUGCGGCUGAGUCGGAUUUAAACAAUCGAGAAAGACGCGUCAAACCGCAGGAGAGGGAUGAAAAGAGUGCCUGAAGAAGACAGAAUGGAAGCAAAUUAAGGAUACGAUGUCCCAUUUUGUCUCUUCCAACAUUCAGCAGUAUCUUCAAGCCACAGCUCUGUUUCUUAAUUGAUUCCUUAUCGAGGGCUCUCCAGGAGUGAUCGGAUACAAUGAUAAUCAAUCAACUUACUUUCCUCUUGCUGUUCUGCUUGCCGGGCUGGAGCGGAGCGCUGAUCCGUCCCGUGCCUGGAAUUAGCACGUCGGAUCAGGAUGGACAGACUCUACAUCGCACAAAACGAGGAUGGAUGUGGAAUAGUUUCUUUCUCUUGGAGGAGUGGACAGGAACAGGGAAGCAGUACGUCGGAAAGCUUCACUCAGACAUGGAUGCCGAAGAUGGAAGCGUGAAGUACGUGCUGACCGGAGACGGGGCUGGAACUGUAUUUGAGAUCGACGAGAAUUCGGGUGACAUCCACGCGAUCAGGAGGCUAGACAGGGAAGAAAAAGCUUCGUACACCCUGAGCGCCAAAGCGGUCAACAAAACCUCUGGACAGGAUCUUGAAAGGGCCUCUGAGUUCGUCAUCAAGAUUCACGACAUUAAUGACAACGAGCCAAAGUUUGCCAAGGACACCUUUGUGGCCAGCGUUUCAGAGAUGUCUAAUGUUGGUGCAUUUGUAAUGCGAGUCACCGCCACUGAUGCAGAUGAUGAAGCGUAUGGAAACAGCGCCAAGCUGGUUUACAGCAUACUGCAGGGCCAGCCGUAUUUCUCAGUGGAACCUGAAACUGGCGUCAUAAGGACGGCCCUUCCGAACAUGAUCCGAGAGAAUCGGGAACACUAUCAGGUGGUGAUUCAAGCUAAGGACAUGGCUGGACAGAUGGGUGGGCUCUCUGGGACCGCUACGGUCAACAUCACCCUUCUGGACGUCAACAAUAGUCCACCUCGAUUUCCCCACAGCACUUACCAUCUCUCCACGCCGGAGUCGGCCAACAUCGGCUCGUCGGUGGGCCGGAUCAAAGCGUACGACGCCGACGUUGGCGAGAACGCAGAGUUGUGGUACUCCAUCCUGGAUGGAGAUGGCCAAGAAGUGUUUAAUGUGAUCACGGACGGAACCAGCCAGGAAGGAGUUAUAACUGUGAAACGGCUACUGGAUUAUGAGACUAAAAGGUCAUACUCGCUGCGGGUGCAGGUGACCAACACGCACGUAGAUCGACGGUUCGAGCAUCUGGGGCCUUUCAGCGACACGGCGGUGGUCAGGAUCACGGUCACCGAUGUGGACGAACCGCCGGUCUUCAGUCGGGCUCUGUACAUUUUCGAAGUGGAUGAGGACACCCCUGGCGGGAGCUCGAUUGGCACGGUGACGGCCCGGGACCCGGAUAUGGUCAAUCACAUGAUCAAAUACACCAUUGAUCGCCACACAGACCUGGAAAGGCUGUUUAACAUCGAUUCCAACAAUGGUACCAUCAGCACACUGCAAGGUCUGGAUAGAGAAACAUCCAAAUGGCACAACAUCUCCGUUCUGGCCACAGAACUCAGUACUGCCCUGCAAACCAGAGUCCCGGUGUUUAUCAAAGUACGAGAUGUGAAUGACAAUGCGCCCGAGUUCGCCAUGUACUACGAGACCUUUGUAUGCGAGAACGUCAAAGCCGGUCAGCUCAUUCAGACCAUAAGUGCCGUGGACACGGAUGAACCUCUCGUUGGCCACAAGUUUGUCUUCAGUCUCAGCACCAUCAAUCCAAACUUCACCAUCUUCGACAACGAAGAUAACACAGCGAGGAUCAUGACACGCAGAGGCAGUUUCAACAGAAGAGAGAUGAGCUUGUACCUGCUGCCUGUGGUCAUCUCAGACAACGAUUACCCCAUCCAGAGCAGCACCAGCACGCUGUCGGUCAGAGUCUGCGCCUGCGACAGUCGUGGAAACGUGCAGACGUGCAGCACAGAAGCCCUGCUGCUCUCGGCCGGUCUGAGCACGGGAGCGCUAGUGGCCAUAUUACUCUGCAUUUUAAUACUUCUCAUGAUCGUGGUGUUGUUCGCGGCCCUCCGGCGACAAAAGAAAAAGGAGCCUUUGAUCAUCUCCAAAGAGGACGUGAGGGACAACGUGGUCAGCUACAACGACGAGGGCGGCGGAGAGGAAGACACGCAGGCCUUCGACAUCGGAACCCUCCGUAACCCCGAGGUCAUCGAUACCAACAAACUCCGACGGGACAUAAUGCCCGAAAUGCUGUUUCCGUUCCGCCGCACGUCCCCGCUGAAGGACAACACGGAUGUCAGAGACUUUAUCAAUGGACGACUGCAAGAAAACGACUCAGACCCCACAGCGCCCCCUUACGACUCCUUGGCUACCUAUGCUUACGAAGGCAGCGGCUCUUUGGCCGAGUCUCUGAGCUCGCUUGAAUCGGCCGCCACCGAAGGGGACCAGGACUUCGAUUAUCUGAGUCACUGGGGACCACAGUUCAAAAAACUGGCGGAUAUGUAUAUAGGGCAAGAGUCCCAGAGAGAGACUUAAUACUGGAUAUGCAACGCAGCGCACUUGAAGAUCUCAGAGCACUAAAUGAACACGUACUUACUGAAACCUCCCCCGUUCUCUGCUGUGUGACGCAUACAAAACUUGAACUACUGGGAACUUUUCACAUAGACAUGCCCUCUUCUCUUUCCUGCUCCUUCAUUCUAUGUCUUUUUUAACUUUGUCCUUCCUCCUCUGGUCUAUCUCUCCUUCUUUUCCCCCUUCAAAAGAAUCAGUAAAGAUGCCUUUUAAGAGUAGGGAUUUGUUGUAAUCAAUGGUGUGGACAAUGUGUUUUAUAACCAAGGUGACUGAUAGUAGCUUUCUACACUAUCGAUGUUAAUGGCAAAAAAAAAACCUGAAGAAAACGAUUAAAAAAAAGCUUAGCUUUUAUCGCAGACCAAGUCUAAAAUAGGUGCAGUAUGUGUAUAAUAUGUUUUACAAGUAUGAUCAUUGUGUAAACUACUUGAUAUCUCUGUUAAGAGGUGGUUUUCCUGUGGAAGGUUUAUAUGGGUUCUGUCAAACUGUGGAUUCAUUUCAGCUCAUAGAGUUAGAACUGUACAAUGAAUUGUGUAUUUGUAGAAUAUUGGUCAUUAUGUUCAUGUCGUUUGAAUGCUGUCGCAUUGUUUUAUACAGUAUUUAUAUUUUUAUACUUAUUUUGAUAAUAAAGUUUGUAAAAUCUU